CGCAAGCGAAACCAUCCGAAAUGUUUCUCGCCAAGAUUCUGAUUUUGUGCAGUGCCUGUUUGUUGAUCAGUGCCACUCCUCAAGGAUUUGGAGGAUUUGGAGCUCCAAAAACACUUCAGGGCGAGGAACUGGUCAGUGCCCAGAGGGUUCUGCAGGCAUCCCUCACCAAACUGGCCGCCGGUGAAGGACCCCACUAUCGCAUCUCCAAGAUCCGGUCGGCAUCAACUCAGGUGGUCGCUGGAUCCAAACACAUCUACUCCGUGGAACUGAUCGACAACGAGGGUGCUAUCAAGGUGUGCAAUGUGGACAUAUGGUCGCGAUCCUGGCUUCCAAACGGUAUCCAAGUGACCUUCAGGUGCCCCAACGAACCAGAAUUGGUUAGGCAACACAGUGCUUAAGAUUAAAUAUUAUAAAUGGCCCAAA